AUGAAGCUCACACGGUUCUUGGGCAAGCUGGUGAACGAGACGGUGACCAUAGAGCUCAAGAACGGCACCUCUGUCCAGGGUACCCUUACCGGGGUGGACGCGUCGAUGAACACUCACCUGAAGCAGGUGAAGGUGACGGUGCGGCACAAGAACCCGGUGGGCAUGCACUACCUGUCCAUCCGCGGGUCGAACAUUCGCUACUACAUCCUCCCGGACCACUCGGAUCUGAACUACCUGCUCAUCGACGACGCUCCCAAGCAGAACCCGCCCAAGUUCCCGAUCGGCAGCUUCAAGGGCCGCGGCAGAGGCCGCAAGGUCGGCGGGGACGGCGGCGGCCGUGGCGGGGGCGGCGGCGGCGGCAGAGGCGGGAGGCGGUGA